AUGAAGUUGUUUGAACCUCACCAGCUCCCAUACUCGAAAUUGUUUCGCAAGAAUACUGCCCCGCCCCCCGGCCGUCCUUCGAACUUCCCGCCAGAGCAUAUCCGAGCAUAUCCGCUCGCCGAAGCCAGACGCUCGAUCGUGUCUGCAGGCUUUUCCCAGACUCCAGAGCAGUUCCUACCGGCAUCGGUCGACAUGUCUGACUACCGGCGCCGCACAGACAACCUGCCAGACUUGGGGAACCCAAGCCUGUUCGGUAGCCCCGAGGAGCGGCCUGAAGCGGCGCUCAGACGGGCGUUAGCAGCCCACGAGGAAAUGAGCCUGAGGUGCGCACAAGAUGGUGGCCCCACGCGGGCCGGCCGAGACUCCCGCCGAGAGAGGCGAGGUGUUUAUGCAGAAAGACCGAGUGAACCCAUGGAGUUUCAAAGCCCGGAGGCCAAUGACCGUGUCUUCGCCGACAAUGAGGACCUGCGCCGCCACAAUGCAGGAGAGCGGGCGGAGGUGCGAGAUCCGCCUCAGGUACGUGGACCACGCCCCGCGGCCAACCACCGUAGUCAGCCCUUAUCUGAGGCGGAGCGGGCCCUGGAGGACUGGGUCGUCUCCGAGACCUCUGCCCUGCCACCGGCUCGCUGGCGGGUGCUUAACGCUCUGCGAGAUCGGCAGCUGGGGUCACGUCCCCGCUUCGUGCAUGAGGCCUGUGGGGCCAGGGUCUUUCUGCAGCGUUUCCACCUGCAGUACGGGCUUGAAGGCCAUAAUGGCUGUGUCAAUAGUCUGCACUUCAACCAGCGUGGCACUUGGCUGGCCAGUGGCAGCGACGAUCUUAGAGUGAUAGUCUGGGACUGGAUGCGUCGGCGAGCAAUCCUGAACUUUCACAGUGGACACAAAAAUAAUGUCUUUCAGGCCAAAUUCCUACCCAACUCAGGUGAUUCCAUCCUGGCCAUGUGUGCCCGUGAUGGGCAAGUGAGAAUCGCAGAGCUGUCUGCUCUGCCUUACUGCAGGCAAACUAAGUGCGUGGAGCACUUGGGGCCCUCACACAAGCUGGCACUGGUGCCAGACACCCCUCUGAAGUUUCUUACUUCAGGGGAAGACGCCGUCGUCUUCACCGUUGACCUGAGACAAAGCCAGCCGGUCUCAAAAGUGGUGGUGACAAGAGACAAGGAAAAUAGAGUGGGACUGUAUACAAUCCAUGUGAAUCCUGCCAACACUUACCAGUUUGCAGUGGGUGGAAGAGAUCAGUUUGUAAGAAUUUAUGACCAGAGGAAGAUUAAUAGAAGUGUGAACAACGGCGUACUUAAGAAAUUCUGUCCUUAUCACCUGCUCAACUGUGAUGCUAAAGCAAACAUCACCUGCCUUGUGUACAGCCACGACGGCACCGAGCUUCUGGCCAGUUACAAUGAUGACGACAUUUACCUGUUCAAUGCCACUCACUGUGAUGGUGCCCAGUAUAUUAAAAGAUACAAAGGACAUAGAAAUAAUGCCACAGUCAAAGGUGUCAAUUUCUAUGGCCCCAAAAGUGAGUUUGUGGUGAGCGGUAGUGAUUGCGGGCACGUCUUCCUGUGGGAGAAAUCAUCCUGCCAGAUUGUUCAGUUCAUGGAGGCGGACACUGGAGGUACUGUCAACUGCGUGGAGCCCCAUCCAUACCUACCUAUGAUGGCGACAAGCGGCUUAGACCAUGAUGCUAAGAUCUGGGCCCCCACCGCCACAGCUAACCUUGAGCUUACUGAGUUGAAGAAUGUGAUUAAGAGAAACAAACGGGAGCGAGAUGAAGAUAUUUUGUACCAAACUAACCUGCUGGACAGUCACAUGCUUUGGUAUCUCAUGCGUCACCUGAACCGGAGAGGUCAUCGCCAGCACUGGGGAGUUCCACAAGCUGGAGGAGCAGAUGCAGAUUUGGAUGAGUCAGAUAGGUCCGAGACCGAAGAGGAAGAGAACCAAGACCGUGUGCAGUGCCUGCCUUCCUGAAAGCCUCAUACCUGCUCCAGUUACAUUUCAUCUUAUGAACUGGACUUGAGAUUUAAAAUUCAGCUUAACAAAUUUGCCCUUAUCUUCUGUCUGCCACAUCCAGCCCCUCCCCGCUGCCAAAACCCAAACUCUUCCAUCGCCUUCCUCUAACUUCCUGCCCUUCCAUUCUAACAAUUUUCCUCCCUCCUUCCUUACCUCUCACUUGGCUUUGUUAUUAAUGCUUUUUCCUUUGUUCUUUCAUGGUUGACCUCUCAAGGUUCCAACUUCUGGUGAAAAAGUUAAUAGCCUUAUUGAAUCUAUCUUCUUCGUGGCACUCUGAAAACUGUCAUCUUUUUGUUUUACCUUUAACAGUUUAUUAUGAAGUUAUUCAGCUGACUUCAAUUUAGAAAUGUGUUUAUUCUUUAAAAGUAAAGCAAAACAAUGGUUUUAUUCUUUAGAUGCUGACACACACUCAUAACACACACACACACACACACACACACACGGACGCACACACGCGCACGCAUACACACAGACUCACAGAAAAGCAAAAGGAAAGAAAAGGUGGUUAGAUAAUUCCUGAAAAUGUAAUUCAUCUUUCUAGAAUAAUUAACUUGUGGUUGUGUACAAUUAAUUUUUUUUAAUAAUGGUCAAGAGUUUAAUUUCUAACAAGAUCUGGAAGUUAACAUAAAUAUAUUUUUAAAAAACGGGCCAACAAAAAACAUUAGAAGAUUUUGCAUAAUAAAUUCAGAUUUCCAGUUUUUCUAAUCUAUGUUAAUAUUUAUUAAUUUGAGCCAAUUGAUGCUUGUAAGAAUGGAAUUUAUACAAAUGUUAUUGUACUUUGAAUUGUCUUUCAAUUUCAUGGCUAAGAACGCAUACUGGAUUACCCUCCAGGAGUCCUCUUGGAAAAUACACUCCUAUACAAUCCUAACCAGCAAUAUAUAAAUUUAUACUAUUUGAAAUUAUAUAUGUGACCUGACUUUGAGAAUUUAUUGUUGCAAUAAAGAGUUGUUUAUGCUUAUAAAUGGCU